AUUGAUAAUAGAAUUAUCAUUUCCCCUUUUUACCCAUUGAACGCUCCCGAUACUGCAAGUACAACUGCGGUUCACACUAUAAAAGCGAAAAACGCUCGAAUCCGUGUCACAAUCAUAUAUCUCUAUCAAUUUCUGUUUCUACCCCAACUCGUUUCGCUUCUUUCUUGCUCCUUUUAAUCCCAAACAUGUCAGGUUACGGCUACGGCUACGGUGCUCCAACAGGCGGCCAGCCUUACGGCUAUGGUGCUCCGCCGGGUGGCCAGCCUCAAGGCCACAGUGCUCCGCCAGGCGGCCCCUCACGCUCACAGUACCCCACCUGGCAGCCAGCCCUACGGCCACAGUGCCCCGCCGGGAGGCCAGCCUUACGGCCACAGUGCCCCGCCGGGAGGCCAGUCUUACGGCCAUGGCGGCGUCGCGACAGCAUACCCGGCAUCGGGCGGUUACGGUAGCCCGUUCGCCAUGCUGGUGCCGUCAACGUUCCCUCCCGGGACGGACCCGAGCAUCGUGGCGUGUUUCGAGAUGGUGGAUGUUGACCGAAGCGGGCAGAUCGACGAUAGGGAGUUGCAGAAGGCUCUGUCUUCCUAUAAUCAGAGCUUCAGCUUGAGGACCGUACACCUCCUCAUGAAUAUGUUCACCAACACCAACAUCAAGAAAAUCGUGUCUUUUGGAACAAAUGUUUUUCUUGAUUUGCAAUUAUUGAUACAGGCGACUUUUGAGAGAUUUGAUAGGGACAGGAGCGGAAGAAUUGACUCGAAUGAGUUGCGAGAGGCUUUACUGAGCUUGGGUUAUUCUCUCUGUCCUAUGUUGUUGGAAUUGCUUAUCUCCAAGUAUGACAAAACUGAUGGAAGAGCCAGGGCUAUUGAAUAUGACAAUUUCAUUGAGUGUUGCCUUACUGUUAAGGGGCUAACUGACAAAUUCAAGGAGAAGGAUACUAACUUAAGUGGCACCGCAAAUUUCACCUAUGAGUCGUUUAUGUUGACCGUCCUACCCUUCAUAAUCGCUUAGGAACUAAAGCUCUGUUGAAUUCGUACGAUGCCCUUUUCAUGCGGUUGGUUUGAUAGUAUCCAUGUUCACAUUUUACUCUACUUUGCCGGUAUUUGAAUAUGCUUCAAUCGGGUUGUAAUGUAAGUAUGCAAAUCUUGAGUGCCAUAUUUGGAACUAGCUGAUUCUUCCCCUCUGGUACUGCUAAUAAAAUUCAGUGCUUAGUAUUAUGGGUAUGGGAUACGAAUGAACAGAUGAUGUUAUAAGGAGCUGUAUUAUUUGUACAUUUCUGGGGCAGUUCUAAGAUGAAGUUUAUGUUCGUGGGGGAGGCUGGUUCCAAUUGUGUCGGGAAUGUUGCGUGUCGUUGGUGUGUCUGGCAUGCUGCAGUAGGUCACAUCGGUGUCAGUAUUGUAGCUGAUUAAGCAACCUAAUUUGUGAGUAUAAAUGAUUAUAAAAUUGUUAACUAUAUAA